UCUCAUCUUCAUCCACCAACCCUUCCUUUUCGUUCUACAAGGUCUCAUAUCUGAGCUUUUUUGCGUUCCUUUUUUGGUAGGUCUUUCCUGUUUUUGGUACCACAUGCCUUCUUUACUUCCUAUUUCAUUGCGCUGAGGGUGCUUUUUGGGUUGCCUUGUCACUACCAGCAUAACAAUAGGAGGAUGAUCCAUUGUUCUUUCCUGUUUGAGAACUCUUAUUCCGACUGGUGUUGUAAUCUAUGAGCUUCUGCUAAGGAUGAAUGCGGUGCCUGAUGCGAUCGUCCAACACAUCCUUUCCCUUUUGAUCAAUGCCCGCGACAUCGCGGCGUGCAUAUGCGUCUCCAAGCGGUGGAAGGAAGCCACCCGUUUCAUCCCCUCCCUCUACUUUCCCCGCAACUCGUUCGACGCUGUCCCGCGUGCUGAUGCCGAUGCCACCAUUGGUCGCAUGAUCUCCUCGGCCUUCUGGCUCGAGGAGCUCGUCAUCUACUGCCCCUUCUCGCCCUCAAGCCUCGCCUCCUGGCUCUCCUCCUGCAGUCACUCCCUCCGUGUUCUCGAGCUCCGGAUGGAUGGUGCCGCGGAUAAGUCGGUCCGAGGAGCCGAGGGCCCCAACCGGCUCGACUGCAUUGAUGUGGCAAAGGGGUUGGAAGCCCUCAAGCUUUGGGGUGUUUCCAUGACCAGGUCCCCCAACUGGGGCUCCUUCCAGAGGCUCCGCACGCUGGAGAUUAUUGGAGCCACGCUGAGGGACAGCGUCUUGAAGGAUGCAGUGCAUGCUUGCCCAAACCUGACCGACUUGGCACUGCUGGGGUGUGAUGGGGCUGGCUCGGUGUCGAUCGAAUUGGAGCGGUUGGAGAAGUGCAGGCUGGAUUUCUUGGGUCCAGGGAACUGCUCGCUUUUGCUCAGCUCGCCGAGCCUUCAGAUUCUUGAGAUCCAAGGUUUCAGCUGGGUGCGAGUAAGCCCGAACCAUUGCUUGAGAAGUCUCAGCAUUGCAAAAAAUACAGGUAGGGUCUACAAGGUGGAUGUGGGAAAGCUUCCAGACCUGGACUACUUGUCCCUCAGAGGGGUCCAAUGGAGCUGGAGUGCAAUACAUUCUGUCCUACAGUGUGCAAGUGAGGUGAAACACCUUGUCAUGAAGAUUGAAUUUUGUGGGGAUUUCGACACACUCCAACCUUUUCCAGAGAUUGAUUUGGUUGAGUUCUUCAACAACCAUCUGAAGCUGCAUAACUUUGAGAUCCAUGGAGCAAUGUUUGCUGCACUGUGCCAAAAGAACAGCCUAAAAAAUCUGGAUUCGAGAUUUGUAAUACCUUGCUUGGAGGAGGUUCUCAUCACGGUGAGAUCGCCACUGAAUGCAGAGCAAAAACUGAACACUCUGGAGUCAUUGGUCAUGUAUAGUGCGAAGCUGCGCCACAUGGUUAUUAGGAUUUCUCAGAUGAAGAACUGCCAUGAAAGUGCUGAUGAUUUCUUUGAGGAGAUUUGCAAAUUCAAGCAUAUGAAUUAUAAGAUAGUCCGAAUUGAAUAAAACAGGUGCCUUAUUUAAAUCACACCGAUUGUGUGUUGGGUUCUUUAUUGAAUUCAACUGUUGUUCCACUGAUAUUUACCUUUCUUUUUCACUUUAAUUGAAAUGUCCUCCAAAUCAGGUUUUACCUGUGGUAGAGUUUGUCUGUGUAAUUUCCGAAACAUAUUGAGGAGGAUAAUAAUUUUAUAUUUGAUCCUAUCGUG